AUGGAUGCAAUGCUUUCAAUGAUACAAGAGUCCAAGAAGGAGAACGAAAUUCGGGACAAAUCGCAUGAAGCAUUAGCAAAACAAGUGGGCCAACUUGCGGAGGAAAUGGCACAAAUGAGAGGGAGCAUGGGAAAGCUCCCAAGUGACACCAUGGUGAACCCUAAGCAUCAAAGCUCAAGCACGGGCAAUGUAAGGAAUGUACACAUUAGCGCGGUAAGUCUUCUUUCAAAUGAUGAGGUUUGUAGUAGUGUUGAAAGCAUUCCACCACCACAAUGCGUUGAUGGUAUAGUGGGAAAUACUAGAGAUGAGUCGGAAAGUAAAAAUGAACAAGAAACGAUUUCACAAAUUAUAAUUGAAAAAAUGAAUAAAAAUUCUUUUUGUGAAAAUUGUUUAAAUCAAAUUAAACCGAUUAAUGCAUCAAAAGUUGAGGAACGGUACCCACUGAAGGACGAGAAGUGGGAAAAUUUUAAACAUGCAAAAAUUAAUUUACCGUUACUCGAUGACAUUAAAAAGGUUCCGGCCUAUGUGGAAUGCUUAAAGGAGUUAAGCAUCGAAAAACGGCACAACAAAUUACCCGAACCGGUUGAUUUGAUAUCUCAUGUUAGUGCCAUUUUAUCGAGUGCGCUCCCCCCAAAAGCUCAAGAUCCUGGAGAUCCUCUUAUUCCAAUUCAAAUUGGAGCAUUCAAAAUCGAGAGGGCACUACUCGAUCUUGGAGCUUGUGUGAGCAUCUUGCCCGGGAGUUUGUAUGACCAAUACGAUUUUGGUCCAUUGAAAAAGUUUGAUACUCCCGUGGUAUUGGCCGAUCAGACUCCCACGCAUCCAAGGGGGAUGGUGGAAGAUGUGAUUGUGAAGGUGGAAGAUUGCUAUUACCCAGUGGACUUUUUGGUAGUAGACUAUGUUGGGUGUGUUGAGGACACCCAGCCGAUAGUCAUACUGGGUAGACCGUUCCUUGGAACAGCUAAUGCCAUCAUAAAUUGUGCAACGGGAAUGGUAAGCAUGAAGUUUGGGGACCAAGAAUUAAAUUUAAAUGCUUUUCCAAAAUUUACUAACCCACUCGGUGAGGAUAAGUGUCCUAAAAAGGACAUGAAUCCAAACAAAAAGGUUUGUGCUAUGGUUGAUAGGUUUGGAGAAACAAAGAAGAAGACGGUCAAGAAGAAGAAAGCAAAGAAGUCACCUCUAGAAAAGAAAAAGGAAGAGGAGGUGAGGAAGUUUGGACCGUUUGGCAACAAAUGGUACGAAUCACCGGUGGGUGAUUUUGAGGAGCUCGUGGACGGCAAGCAUGCCAUUCGACCACCAUGA